AUUUUGAUACCUGAAGGUCGGAGCGAUAUUUAUACCUUCAAGGUCGGGGUGAUGUAUUGUGGUGAAUUGGGUUAGUUGAUGAGUUCUUUACUUGGGAGGAAUUUAAAGUCGUCAACAUGCGUGACGAAUUAGUGAAGAAGUUGCAGUCCCUUCAAGAACGCAAACGUCUUAUGUGUUCCCGUUCAACAAAGAUACGUGAAAUUGAACUUAAACGAAAAAUAAUCGAAAAUGUGCUAGAAGUUAUGCCGAAGUCGUCAGAGACUGCCGUACACCUCCGUGCCAUCGAGUCGGAGGUAAAUAAACAAGAUAUUGCUCUACGGCCUUGGAAGAAAAGGAAACUUACUACGUCAAUAAGUUCGACAAGUGAAACGCCAUUACCUACUUCGAUUGCAGUGAAUCCAAGUCAUCCAAAAGAUCCAAGUCUAAUUCAUGCUGAUAGUUUGCGUAAAGGCACAUUAGAAUGGCGUUUAAAUCGUGCAUUAGAGUCCAACAAAAUCGACUUGGCUGUAGAAAUAAGUGAUCGUAUUGGAGAUAGUUCUUCGUCGUCCACUGUUCUUCCUAAUGAGGCGACUUCUCCGGUUACUCAUACACCAAGUGAAUCCAAGGAGAAACCAAAAUAUCGAAAACCUGUGUGGCUUUUUCAGGCGAAAGAACGAUGGGAAGCGAAAUCAAAUAUGUAAUCAUCAUUGUGAAUUAAGCCGAUUACUUCGAUCAAACUAUGCAGAGAAUACUUGCGGGAACUCAAUGUCAACAUUACCCUUGCUAUUUUUGUACAUAAUUGAAAUCCUAACUUGUAAGAAUAAUAAAUUUGGUUUUUAGAAUCCCGUGUUUUUUCAAGUUUCCUUUCGAAAUCGGGCAAUGUAGUGUUUUUGUGACAUGGCGCAUGUGAGCUUAGGUUUUAUGUGCUACUGCUUAGUGCUGUC